UUUGCAUGUGCAAGUUUUUAAUGAUUGCGUGUCGAUGAGAAAGCGAAGCAUUAAUAUUCGUGGUUGGAGCCCAGCGUCUAUUAUCAGCUCUCUAGCAGCGCUUGAAGUGUCGGCUGCAAGGAAACUCACGAAGACACCUUCACAAAAAUGGCGGCAGGCAAAUACAAUGUCGGCAUCAUUGGCUAUGGCUUGAGUGCUAAGACCUUCCAUAUCCCCUUUGUGAAUGCGGUCCCGGAUUUCAAUCUCUAUGCCAUUGUACAGAGAAGCCCGAAACCAGACGACGAUGCAAGCAAGGACUGGCCCAAGACCAAGGCUUAUCGAUCUACGGAGGAAAUGAUGGGGGAUGAUCAGGUCCAUGUCGUCGUUGUGACGACGGCACCGGUAUCGCAUCUUCAACUGGCAAAGGCGGCGCUGUUGGCGAACAAGCAUGUUGUCGUGGAGAAACCCUUUACACCCACAUCGGCUGAGGCACAGGAGCUCGUCGAUCUGGCCAAGUCCCAAAAUAGGAUUCUCACCGUCUACCAGAACCGACGGUGGGAUUCGGACUUUCUGACAUUGAAGAAGUAUAUCAAGGACGGUGCGUUGGGCCGGAUAGUCGAGUUCGAGACUCACUUCGAUCGGCAUCGACCGGAGCCGCCAGCCGACAACUGGAAGGCACACCACGCUCCCGGGACUGGUGCGGUGUAUGACCUGGGCACUCAUCUGAUGGAUCAAGUCGUCAGCUUGUUCGGUAUGCCGGAGAAGGUCACCGGGUUCGUCGGUUCACAGCGAGAGGUAAAUACCACCGGGUUGGAGGACUCCUGUACGGUGCUGCUACAUUACGCUAGCCCGAAGAUGUUGGUCACGGUCAAAGCGGGAGUUGUCAGCCCGGAGGUGAGUCAACUGAGAUACUGGGUUCGCGGAGACAAAGGAUCUUUCAAGAAGUUUCACCUUGAUCCGCAGGAGGAUCAGCUUCGGAAGGAAGGUCUGAGACCAGGGGAUAAAGGCUAUGGGAUCGAGAGCGAGGACAAGUAUGGGACAUUGAAUCUUUACAGAGAUGGCAAGAUUUCCAGUGAAGUGGCCCCAACCGUGGAGCCUGCGACGUACACGGAGUACUACCGACGUCUCGCUGCUGCGCUGGACGGGGAUGUUUCUCAGGUCCCAGUGCCUCCUGAGCAGGCUGUGGGGGUCAUCAGGCUGGUCGAACUCGCUCGUGAAAGCUCACAACAGGGAAGGACUUUGUCUGUCUGAGAGUAUUCAUGGGCGGAUUGGCAGCACCGAGACAACCGUAAACGGAUGAGAUAGCCUUAAGUGCAUUGCAAGGGUAACAGAAGGUGCUUUUGAAAUA